GUCAAGUUCUCGCCACUAUGUGGCACUUGUUUAAAUUUUAUAUUGAACAAAACAAUUAUAUAAUUUUACAAAAUUAUGUUCACUCUCUUUGUAUAGACGGACCAUGACACGUUCAUGUGCUUCUGAAUAUUUAUCCCCAGGUUUAAACGGUGAGCUGCUAUUACUUCAUCUUGCCCGAGCAACAUUAAUACAGCAGCGACAUCUGCAUAAGGAUAAUUUAUCGCUGAGAAUGGUUUAGAAUGAGGGUAAUUGGCAAGGUCUGAGAAUUAUAGGCAUGGGUUUGUGCAAGAUAUAUUUCAAGGAAAUUGGCAUCGGACAUAGCGCACAUUUACAUUGAAGCGGUAUUCAAGUGGGGUAUAUUCCUAGGACUGCUGUUUAUUUCCCGGGGCCAUUUUCAAAAGUUCCAUUGUUUUCAAGGAUUAGAACCAUGGAUUUGUUGUGGGGCAUCUCUCUUUCUUCCCACUCCAUGGGACUUUCACAUGCGCAGCCUCCAUUAUUCCCUUGCAAACAUACCAAUGAAAAAAGAAAACAAAAAAGAAAUGAGAAGAAAAGGCCUGUUGGAAUCGUAGUCUGUGAGAAGAUAGCAGAUCCUAGUACUAGUACAAGUACCAAUGAAAGGCGAGAAAUUGUAAAUGCAAAGAAGGCUUGGAGAAGAACAACAUCAGCCAUUCUCAGAAUGGAGGCUGCCAAAGCAGGAGUUGAAAGGAAGGCCAAGGCAGCUAAAAAAGCCACAAUCCUCUAUCCAAAGGCUCUUCUUGAGGCACUCACUGAUAGGAUUCAUGACAAGCAGUGGCAAUCUGCUCUUCAGGUAUUUGGAUUGCUGCGUGAGCAGCAGUGGUAUCGACCAAACACUGAUAUAUACAUAAAACUUCUAGUCAUGCUUGGCACGUGCAAACAACCUGAGAAGGCUUGCAUUCUUUAUCAAAUGAUGCUUCAAGAACGCUGUAAUAUAACUGUUGAAGUCUAUACUGCUCUCCUUGCUGCAUAUGGGAGAAAUGGUCAUCUUGACAAGGCAUUUUCUGUUCUGGAGGAAAUGAAGGCUAUUCCUCAUUGUCAACCUAAUAUCUAUACUUAUACUAUAUUUAUAAAGUCAUGUGUUGAACUUGGCCAUUUUGAACAUGUUGAUAGGCUACUUUCUGAAAUGUCAAGAGCUGGAGUCAGGCCUAACAAUGUUACUUAUAAUACUAUUAUUGGUGGGUUUGGGAAAGCUUGCAUGUUUCAAGAGAUGGAAAAUGUCCUUUCACUCAUGUUAGAAAGCCAGGACUGUAAGCCCGAUGUAUGGACGAUGAAUUCUACUGUCAGAGCCUUUGGUAAUAGAGGACAGAUUGAGAAGAUGGAGAAAUGGUAUGAAACGUUCCAUGGCAUUGGGAUUCAGCCUGAUGUAGUAACAUUCAACACAAUUAUAAGUUCAUAUGGUAAACAUUGUUUAUAUGAUAAAAUGACUUCUGUGAUGGAGAAAAUGCAGAAAUUUCAUUUCUCAUGGACAAUUGUAACAUAUAAUACUGUCAUUGAUGCAUAUGGUAGGGUUGGUGAAAUUGAAAAAAUGGAGUAUUUUUACAAUUUGAUGAUAACUGAAGGUUUUAAGCCAAAUAGGAUAACUCUUUGUUCUCUUGUCAGCGCAUAUAGUAAAGGAGGCAUCUUUAAUAAGAUCACAAAGGUUCUACGACAAAUGGAGAAUUAUAAAAUAGUUCCAGAUACUCCUUUUUUUAAUUCUGUACUUGAUGCCUACCAAAGGGCAGGAAAUAUGACAGAAAUGGAGCAUAUGUUUCAUCAAAUGGAGGACAGAGGAUGUCAACCGGACAAAAUAACAUUCGCUGCCAUGAUCAGUGCUUAUCGAAGUGAAGGUAUGCUUAAAAAGGUUCAGGAGAUGGAAAACAAGAUGCGGAGAAUGCAAAGAAGUACACACUAACAAAUAUUUCUAUUAAUACCAUUCACUUCAUGUUCUGGUAAUAAUUGGUGAAUAGAUAAAUUUGCUUACUCUUUUGAUAGUAAUCAGUCCCAUGAAUAUGUAGUUUAAUUUCAUUCCUUAGAAUUCAAGGACUCCAUAUUAAUCAUGAAAGUUGUUUCCCAUUGAUUUUUACCUAAGUUGUUUGAGAGCCCUUGCAAUUAACUAUAAUGUGAACAACGGAUACAAGUGAUAUACCUAUUUACCCAAUGCAUGAGCUAAUUUUUCCUGUU